AUGUUCAUCAUUAAUACACUUGACCAUAUGAAAUAACAAAAAAAAAAUUUAUUGACAUUUUCUUUGAUUACGACUGCAUAUCGACAUUAGACAUAUCUUUACUACUUUCUUUAUAUACAAUGUGUAGGAGUAGACAGCAAACGUUAUCCACUAUCAAUUAAUAAUAACGUCAAAAAAGAACAGACAUGUAACGGAAGUAGAUGAUAUUCAUUAAAUGAUCAAACAUGCAACUGCUUCUAAUACUUCUGUAUUUUCUAUAUACAUUAGAAAUAAGACACAUUGAUAAAUGAUCAAACGUUCUCACUUGUUGUUCAGAUGUAAAAAUUGAUAAGAAAGAAAAAACUAAUUAUCUAAAAGAUCAACUGAUAUUUUCUAGAAAAUAAAAAGAAAUAAUGAAACUUGUAUUAUUGUGUUUAGAUCGUGAAAAUCAAUCAAUGUUAAUUACAGGUGAAUCAGGUGCAGGCAAAACAGAAAAUACUAAAAAGGUCAUUCAAUAUUUUGCAUUGGUUGCUGCUGCCGGUGCUAAGAAAGAAGAUGCAAAGAAAACAAUGACCCUUGAAGAUCAAAUUGUUUCAGCUAAUCCUGUACUUGAGGCAUAUGGUAAUGCAAAAACAACUAGAAAUAAUAAUUCAUCUCGAUUCAAAACUAUGACUCUCGAAGAUCAAAUUGUUCAAUCCAACCCUGUACUCGAAGCAUUUGGUAAUGCUAAAACGAGUCGAAAUAAUAAUUCUUCUCGAUUCGGUAAAUUUAUUCGUAUUCAUUUUGGAAGUUCAGGAAAAAUUGCUGGUGCUGAUAUUGAAGUUUAUUUACUCGAAAAAGCUCGUGUCAUUUUUCAAGUA